AUGGCGUUAUACGAAAACCGACCUAUGAAGGUUUCAUCUGAAGGUGAUUGGGCUGCGGGUCUGCAGGUGAUGGAGCGAACCUCGACAACAGAGUUAUCAGAUGAGCCCGACGACAUGUCGAUCCAUCCAGCCACGUCCCACGCCCAGGAACCGCCGAACUGGCCUCCCACUUUGGCUCCACUACGUCUGGAACAAAAACAUCCAAUGAUUGAUUCUCCUCGCCGUUCCUCAAUCCAAGUCGUGAACUUUCAACGGCAGUCCGGUACAUGUGUCCACUGGGCGAAAAUCAUGUCGUUGCUGGGUCAUUCUUCGGUUCCUCGUCCUCCUCUUUCCCUGUCGAGUGACGAUCCAUACCUCUUUCUCCGGUACAAUUCUCCCUUCGUAGGUUUUGAUCUUCUCCGCUCAGUCAACCAGCUGGAACGGGACCCUCUUUUCCGAUGGUGGAUUCUUUGGGGGUUACCGGGUUUCUCUUACUCAUGGCCUUCCCCUCCAUUGACUGGCCUUUGGGCUCAAGCACACCAUGGCGUCAACUGCUGCUCGGCCCCAAGUCUUAGCUCUUUCAGGGCCGCAACCGGAGCAAUUAUAAUGAGCAAUUCGGGUCUUGAAGUUUAG